CAGCUUUCUCACUGCCAAAUCUCAGGAUUUGAGCUUUUAAUCUCCCUCUGGACCAUGAAUCUUGUGGCAUUUUGCAUUCUCCCCAGGCUGGGCAUUGUGUCCCACUGGGAAGAGCCAAGGGGCAGCUGCGUGCCUGCGGCUCAGCUGAAGUCCUGCCAGCCACCCAGUUACUGAGUAACACGGGUGGCCCCAUGCCCGGUGUGCACUUUAACUCAUUUCCACAGCCAGCACAUUCCUGUGCCAUCCCCUCUGGAGCAUCCCUGGUGCAGGGCAUCUGGAUCCCUCCGCCUCUGCAGCUCAGAGGGAAGUGUUGCUCCAGGAAGCAGCAAAACCCCACUGAGUCUUACAGGGGAGGAAAAGGAGGUGAUGGGAGCUGAGGAUACCCCACUGUGGAUCCCAAUGCUCCAUGCAUCCAGGCUCCGGAUGCACGUGAUGUACGAAUGCCGCCUGAAAUGACCUAACGACCUCCACUGCUUCUGCACAGCGAGAUGCAUGGCUGCUUUUCUUCUUCCCAGAACAUCUCCUGGGGUGAAGAAACUGCAGCGUCCUGGUUUUCCAUGCGUCCAAGAGUGCCUGCGGACAAAGAGGGGCUGCGUGGUCCAGCAGAGCCUGUGUAGCUAAUGGCUCCCAGGAUAAUGCCGCUGUCCUGCUGCAGAGCCAUGCCCAAGAACGAUGGUGCCAAAAAGCCAGCGUCGGAGAUGGUGCCGGAUCAGCGCUGGAAGCUACAAGUCUGCUACCUCUGUUUCUAUGGCUUCAUGACACAGAUCCGGCCCGGGGAGAGCUUCAUCACCCCCUAUCUACUGAGGGCCAACAGCAGCUUCACAAAGGCAGAGGUGACCAAUGUGAUCAUGCCUGUGCUGUCCUACUCCUACAUGGCUGUGCUGGUGCCCAUCUUCCUGCUGACAGACUACCUGCGCUACAAGCCCGUGCUGGUGCUGCAGAGCCUGAGCCACAUCUCCAUCUGGCUGCUACUGGUGCUGGGCACUUCUGUCUGGGCCAUGCAGCUGAUGGAGUUCUUCUACGGCAUCACCAUGGCUGCCCGCAUCGCCUACUCCUCCUACAUCUUCUCCGUGGUCACACCGUCCCGCUACCAGCGGAUGGCCAGUUAUUCCCGCUCUGCUGUGCUCCUGGGGGUUUUCACCAGCUCCGUGUUGGGCCAGCUCUGCGUCACCUUGGGUGGUGUCUCCUUCCUCACUCUCAACUACAUCUCCUUGGGCUUUGUCAGCUUCGGCCUCAUCCUCACCCUCUUCCUCGAGCGGCCUCGGCGCAGCCUCUUCUUCAACCGGCCCGGGAGGACCGGUGACGCUGCUGUGCCCACUGAGCUGGACAGGAUGGCUGGGGGGCACAGCGGCGGGGGGACACGGGGCUGGCGGGACAUGGUGCUGUGCCGUAUGCUGCAGGAGCUGGGGGCGCUGGCCAGGCAGCCCCAGCUCCGCCUCUGGUCCCUGUGGUGGGUCUUUAACUCGGCUGGGUACUACCUGAUGCUGUACUAUGCUCACAUCCUCUGGAGCGAGAUCUCUCCCACCAGUGACAACCGCCACGUGUACAAUGGAGGCGUGGAUGCUGCCUCCACUCUGCUGGGAGCUAUCUCCUCCAUCGCUGCUGGCUACGUGAAGAUCCGCUGGACGCUGUGGUCAGAGCUCGUGAUUGGAGUGGUUACGGCAUUCCAGGCGGGAUUGCUUCUGCUCAUGAACUCCACCACCAACAUCUGGCUGUGCUAUGCUGCCUAUAUCCUCUUCCGUGGCUCCCACCAGUUCCUGGUGCCUAUUGCCAUUUUCCAGAUUGCUGCCUCCCUCUCCAAAGAGCUCUGUGCUCUCGUCUUCGGGGUCAACACCUUCUUUGCUACUGUGCUGAAGACCAUCAUCACCAUCAUCGUGGCGGACAAGAGGGGCUUGGGCUUAUCCGUGCAUCCCCAGUUUUAUGUAUAUUUUGGCUACUUCACCCUGCUGGCUGUGGUCUACCUGCUGGCGGCCAUCGGCGUGGGUGUCCAGCACAGCCACCGCAGGCAGCCAGUGGAGCUGGCCCUGGCCAAAGAGCCGUGCCAGCUCCCAGUGGAAACUCCAGCACAGGAGAAAAGCCCAGAGGCAGGCACCGUGUGAGCCUGAGUGCUGGCACCGCGACACUGUGGCCAGCUCUUGGCUCCUGAAGUGAGCAUUGUCAUCGCCACCGUGUGCUUGGUGUCCUGUCCCACUGCUGGUCCUGGGUGCUGUUUUGUCGAGGAUGUAACCGCUGGGACAUGUUUUCUUCUCUGUGAAGACAGGGCUGCGCCCCUUCCCUGCCCCCACACACGGAGUGUGAGCAGGAUUCCCAUGGUGCCGCCACCAUGUGUCACAGAGGGGGAUGGAUGAAGACCCCAUCCUGCUGCAUCCCCAUCAUGGCACAGAGCCAGGCUACAAGAGAAUGUUUCUUUAUUCAGUGCCUUUAGAAAAUGAUGACCAAAAAAUAAUGUAAAGAUCCACACGCUUUAAAUUCCAUUAAUGACACAAAAUACAGUAGACUGUAAGAAAUAGAGACCAUGUGACUCGCACAGCUUUUAUGGUAAUAAUUUCCAUACAAUAACAAAAAAAGCUAGUUACAAA